AUGGAGGAUCGGUCAACUUUUGCGGCCUAUGCGAAGGCACAGCUGCAGCUGGUGGCCCGGAGUUUGAGUUGCUCUUUCGACUCACAGCUCUCUCAACAGCUGCUCGAGCUCGGUGACCGGCUUGCUUCCUACAGCAAGGAUUCUUCUGGUGAGCUCGUGAAGGAAAACUCGCCCAUCAAGGCAUUGGCGUUCACCCUCUCGGAAACUGGCUAUGUUUCUCCUCGCCGACGGCUUCAGGAGGAUGGCGAGUGGACGAUUGAGCAGUGGAAGGCGGAUGAUGCUAUGGAGCCCACGGAGUUGCAUCCGUCCGUGGGUGGAGGCUCUCCGUUCAACGACACCGAGAGCUAUUGCCUCGUUGACGACCUGGGAGACGCCACUCCGAAGGGCGAGGCGGAGGGAUGCUAA